AUGGAAGAGGACAAGAUUAUUGUCAUGGAUAAUGUAUACAUUCCCCAUGAGACAGUCUUCGAAAUUUUGAAAAGAGUUCCUGCCAAGUCUCUAAUGCGUUUUAGGUGUGUUUCGAAAUACUUUUAUUCUCUUAUAUCAGAAUCCUCAUUCAUUGAAGCACAUCACAAAAGUUUGGUCACACAAUUCUUCCUUCUAAAUCGCAUAGCUUUGAUUCCAAAACAUGUCAUAUAUAAUUUAUCCCAGAGAGAAGAAGAUCAAGAUUUAGCUAAUUGUCCCCUCCGGUAUUUGGAUGAGCCAUGCUUCCGUAAUCUUCUCUAUAUGCACUCUAUCAACGGCCUAGUUUGUCUAUGGAACCAUAAGGGAGAUGUUGCUAUUUGCAAUCCUUUCAUAAAAGAACAUGUCUUUCUUCCUAAAGUACCACACAUUGAAAAAGUUUCCGAUUCGACUACUUACCUCUUCGGUUUUGAUCCCACCACCAAGAAACAUAAAGUAUUGAUGGAGUAUAUGGCUCCUUAUGAAUACAGGAGUCGUGUGAAAUAUUGGAUUUUCACCAUUGGGGUGGACAAGUCGUGGAGAGAGAUAUCCGGGCAAUUUAGCAAGGCAUACUUCACAUUCUGGGCUUUAAUAUCUAUUGCAUGCGGUACAGUAAGAUCAGCAAUGAUUUUUGCAUUACCAUUGAUGGAAAGCUGGCCAACAAUCCAAAGUGUGCUACAUGGCAUGUUGGCAGAUAACAAAGUGAUGGAAAAAUUAGAAAACUUAAACUCCAAACUGAAAGCAUUUAUUAUAGCAAUGCCUGAAGUAGAGAGGGUGUAUUUACUUGAGAAAGAAAGGAGCAAGGAAGGCAUCAGAAUCCGAUCAGAUUAUCGCUUCACCAAGUCAUUUGAUUACCAGAGAAAACAAGUGUAUCAGAGGGUAUUUUCAGUCUAA